GGCUGCUGUGAACACGUUUUCCUCCUUUUGCACAACAUUUUAGUGGCACUCUGUAAAGUACAAAGUAUAAUAUCACAUGAGCUGACCAAAUUGUGCUAAAUUAUUUCACUGGACGAAAUGUAAGAUUGGAUGAUAAUUUCAGUACACUGGACAGCUCUCUGAUAUGAUGCGUCCAUAACUCUAAACUUGUCAGUCGUCGCUAAAAAUGCCUUUCUUUAAGGAUCAAUAUUUUUGGAAUACAGCUGAUGAUAUGAGAUGGAUUCUUAAAUGCAUCUGGUGACUCGGUGUUAAGCAAUGCACAUGUCGGAUAUUCUUCUGGAGCUCCUCAUCAUUGUGAUCUCCGUGGUGUCUUUGUUUUCCAACUUGCUGGUGCUGCUAUGUUUCAUCUACAGCGCCGACAUACGAGGACAAGUGCCAGGAAUCUUCAUCCUGAACCUAUCCUUCUGCAACAUCAUCAUUGCUAUUAUGAACAUGCCUGCUACUUUGGCCGGAAUAGUCAGAAACCAGAAGCCCUUUAGCGAUUCCUUCUGUUCCGCUAUAAGUUUUAUGGAGAUAUUUUUAACAAUCAACACUACACUAAAUAUGGCUGCGCUAAGUAUAGAUAGGUGGAUAGCGGUGGUUUUCCCGCUAACUUACUCUACGAAAAUGCGUUAUAAGGACGCAAUGAUAAUAGUAGGAUACACCUGGAUUCAUUCUUUUGCCUUCUCUAUCUUUGCGCUGUUAUACUCUUGGGUAGGCUACAGCCACACAUAUGCGUCUUGCACCUUGCACCUGGGCGCAUCAGAGAACGGAAGGUCGAAGUUCACUGCAUUUUCCAUAGUGUUUCAGACCACCAGCUUCUUGCUUCCUCUCAUCAUUCUCUGCAUCACUUACCAGAAAGUUUUGAAAGUUGCCCGUUUUCAUUGCAAAAGGAUAGACGUUAUAACAGUACAGACGCUACUUCUUUUGGUGGACAUUCACCCAAGUGUGAAACAACGGUGUCUUUUGGAGCAGAAAAAAAGAAGACAGAGGGCCACAAAGAAGAUCUGCAUUUUCAUCGGGACUUUUGUUGUUUGCUUUGCUCCUUAUGUCAUCACAAGGUUAACUGAACUGGCGCCGGACAUUCACAUCGAUCGUCACUGGGGAAUCGUGAGCAAAUGCCUGGCGUACAGCAAAGGAGCACUUGACCCCUUUGUGUACUCCCUCCUUCGCCAGCAGUUCAAGAAGGCUCUGAUCAGCAUGGCCAACAGGGCCCUGGGACGCGGAGUGUACCCCUCCUCAGGACACAGCAGCACUGCGGACACUGACAACGACGGCUUCUCGCGGCGAGUCAGCUAGCCUCUGCAAGCUGAAAGCCAAGCGGACCAUUAACUCAUCCAGAGACUGAGAGGAACUGACGCCUUAGCACUAGCACGCUAGCACUCUGUGGCCAUAAGGGGAGAUAAUACUGAGUCAGCAAGUGGCUAAUGGCUUUGGCUACUCAGGUGUAUAAACAAUGAGCUAUCCUGCUAAUUCCUUAUGCUUGACUGCUGGGACUACACACAUCACUGUUUGUUGUAACACAAACAAACCACUUUUACCUGUUGGAGAAUGCCCUCUCAAAUCCAGAGACUGUACACAUCAAGGCGUGUGUGUCAUGGAUGGAUCUCAGUUGGAAGUAUAUGCUAUUUGGUUCUGUUUGAAAAAGUGUUGGUUUGUUGAAUAGUAGCCUAAAAGUGGCAGCAGGGAACCAUUUGUGGUCUAAUUAGAGGGGAUGCAUCCCCUCUAUUGAAAUCCGGAUUCUUCUUCUUCUUCUUAUUUUUCUUUUUACCUUUUUGUGCGCGCUAUUCAGCCCAAACCGCUUAACGUACAAAUUUGGUUGAAACACCGUUCCGUAGAUCUUCCAAGACUUU